UGACAUGCCACGAAAAAAUAAGUUCCUCGGAGUAAUAUAAUAAACCAGCUCACUUCCUCUGGCAAUCGCAGAAGUGGCGGAAGUACGUCAGUUUGCUUGACUCGGAGCAUUUACACUUCGCAGUGCGAUUUCUGACGAGCAAGAAGAGAGAGAAGCGGAGAUGUGAAUCAUCCGCUGUCUCUUUAAAGGCACUUAGCGAAGCUUCACGUAUUCCGACAAACACGCCGUCGUCUCUGCCUUCAGCCGCAGCGCGCGCGGGCAGCGUUGAGGAAUGGACGCCUGCAACUUACUCUCUUCUGGAUAACGAACUCUUUUCUUGCUUGGAUAUGGUUUGUUUCUGGUGGAUUGCGUGCUGAGGAAGGAUCUUUGGGGAUAUAUAUAAGAGCGUUGACGCGGACCGCGUUGUCUCGGAUGGUUUUGUGGCGUCUCUUCACGCUGAAACUUGCUGAUAGAAUAAGUUCCUAUUUUUAAAUUGCGCGACACACACGCGGAGGCUUAUUUAUGCUGUUUCUGACACAGUGGCUCAUGGAUUGGGUGGAAAUUAAAGCUGGGCCGGCGACAUGAGUCCAGAGCGCGGUCUGCAGUAUGUACACAAGCUGAUGUUAUUGUAUAGCGUUGCAACAAAGUUGCCGUGCGCGUGGAAUUCAACAAGAAUGUUUCCGUUAAACUGGAAAAAAAGAAAUGGGAGGAGAUUGUGGUGAAACGACAGAAAGAGACCAAGGAGAGCGUGACCCCUGACAUAGACGAGACCGACUUUGCCAAUCUGGCCACCAGCAUGGGCCGAGAGCACGAUCGGGUGAAAGAUCGACUGCUGAAGAACACGUACUCCAAGAAGAACAAACGAUCGGUGAGUCUUCUGAGCCAGGCUGUGAAGAAAAUAGAGGAGACAGAGGUGAAUGCAGCACAGAGGAGCAGCUCUAAAGAUCGACUCAGUGAGAGCUCCACUCAUUCUCUGUCAGGACGAGGGUACUCGUGUGACAGCGAGAGUGACAUCGAUGACAAGGCAUCCGAUGUAGGAUCAGAGAAGCUUUUCUCGCCUACUGCACCUAAAGUUACGCCAACGAAUGAGAGUCUCGGGACCAAAACUUCCAGCUCGACCAAAGUGUCUGGCCUUCAGCGUAGCCAGGAACAGAGUAACGACGUUUCGUUUGUCCCGCCCAUCUCCAGCCCGACUCCUGCGUCGCCCCCUACGGGGUCUCCUGCCCCUGCUGCGGCGGCAGCCCCCCCGCCUAGACCCCAUCCGACCUCCCCAAGCCCUCUCUCUAUCAAGAAGGAGUCUUUGCCCCCUAUUCCCACUCCUCCCCUGCUGAGGAACCUAUCGCAUUCACUGGAGCACAGACUUCCGCCCCCAUUGCACCACAGCCGGCCAAUCAGCAGUCAUCAUCAUCAUCCUUUGCCAUACAGCAGUCUUCACGACAUCAGCGCCAACCCUUCAACUCUUCCUCCUAAACACCACCUGCCUCACUCCGCUCAUCACCUCAGUGGUCAUCUAUCAUCUCCUGCUCCUCCUCUUCCUCUCUCCAUCACCGGACUGCCCUCCUCCCACUACUCCCUUCACUCGCCUUCUCACCUCUCUAGCCAUCCGGCCAUGUUUGCCACCCCUGCUACACUGCCUCCUCCGCCCACCCUACCGACCAACAGCCUGGUGGUGCCAGGACACCCUGCAGGACCACCUUAUCCAGAGCAUGAUCUUCUGAGGCAGGAGCUGAACAACCGCUUCCUGGUUCAGAGCUCGGAGCGAGGCCGGGGGACGGCGCCAGGGGCCACAGGGUCGCCGUUGGCCCCUGUGUCGCUCCUCCGGGCCGAAUUUCACCAACAUCAGCAUAUGCACCAGCACCAACACACGCAUCAGCACACCUUCACGCCUUUCCCUGCCAGUCUGCCCCCGGCAGCCAUCAUUGGGCCGCCCACUGCACCUCCCAUGGUGCGUACCCCAGCCAGAAAUUUCGACAAAUACGCCCCGAAGCUGGACAAUCCGUUCUUGAGACAUUCAAAUUUUUUUCCCUCCUACCCGCCAACAAUGCCAGGAAUGCCUCCGUUGCUUCCACAUUCAGGGCCCUUCAGUUCACUGCAAGGUGCCUUCCAGCCAAAGGCCUCAAACCCUAUUGAUGUUGCAGCACGACCAGGAACAGUCCCACACACUCUCCUUCAGAAGGACCCAAGGAUAACAGAUCCUUUUAGGACUUCAGUAAGAAAGCCAGGUAAAUGGUGCGCAGUACAUGUUCAAAUCGCCUGGCAGAUCUACCAUCAUCAGCAGAAGAUGAAACAGAUGCACUUGGACCCACAUAAACUGGACAUGAAUGGAAAACUUGAUCUGUUCAGCCGUCCUCCUGCUCCAGGUGUAUUCCCUGGGUUCCCCUACCCUCAUGAUCUGGCCAGGCCCCUCUUCUCAUCAACAGGAUCAGGACAUCCAGCUGCUUCACCCUACGGACCAUCUCCUCACCAUGCUGGCUUCCUGCCUCCUAGCCAUUUGGCAGAUCCAUUCAGUCGCUCCAGUACCUUUGGCGGCCUCAGCAACCUUUCAAGCAGUGCCUUCGGUGGAUUAGGCAACCCAGCCCUCGGGGCCAACAGUGUGUUUGGACCAAAAGAGGGUCCAGGACUGCCGGGACUCAGCAGUCCUCAUCAUGACACCUGGAAUCGGCUGCACCGGACACCACCAUCCUUCCCGACCCCUCCACAGUGGCCCAAAUCUGUAGAUGCAGAGAGAAGCAGCUCAGCAAACAGCCACGACAGAGAGAGGGACCGGGAGCGGGAGAAAGAAAAAGAACGGGAGAGAGAAAAAAGGGACUCUUCAGUUGGGAAAGAAGAGAAGGAUAAAGACAGAGACUCUUUAGAUCGUAAUAGGCAUUCAAACCGCUCCUCUCCUGCUUCUGCUCCGGUUAGCUACCAGAUCAGCAGCCUGAUCCGCUCAAACAGCCAGAACUCAACAGACUCCGGGAGACAUCGCAGUGGCAGUGCUGACCGCAACCGCGAACCUGAAAAAGAACUGUUGGAUCGCCAGCGAGAUGCAGUCAUUUUAGGAGAUGUUAAAGUGAAGGAAAGUCGUUCUCCAGGGAAAGAGAUAACAGACAGACGUUCCUCAGAUGACUCUCUCAAAUCCAUUCACAGGUCUCCCUCUCCGUACUCGAAAAACAUCCUUAGCGAUACAGGAAUCAAGAUGGGUAUUCCACAACCGCUACCGAUUAAAGAAAAUGAGAGAGAUAGGAAGGAAACCAGCUCAGGAGAUCUGCUUCACAAGGUGAAGAAUGACAUGAAGAUCAAGGAGGAACACAAGGAAGACCAGGAUGUUAUGGUGGUUGGAUCCGAAGCUGCCCCUAAGCCUCAAAUCUCUCUACCUUCUCAUCAAACCACCCCGAUUGUUCAUCCCCAUCCUGCACUAUCCCAUCAGCCUCCUCCACCAUCUCCUCGCUGCAGUGACCCUCCGUCAAUUCAUGGAGUCCCCAUGCCCCACUCUCUGCCGCUCACACUGAGUGCCAUGCAUCAAAUGGGAAGUCUGAAUGCACUUGAACGCACCCGCAUGGCACCUUUCAUGGGAGUCAGUCCUCUUGCAGCAGGUCGAGACCGCCUUCCUCACCCAGCAUUCUCCUGGGAUCCUCUUCGGGAAGCUUACAGAAACCUUGACCUGCAGAGGCGCAUGGACUUCCAGCUUCGCUCUGAGCCUGGACAUCGCUUUCCUGGUGUCUAUGAUCCAGAACGGCCCUAUCGGGAUCGAGAGCCACAUGAGUACUCUCACCACGAACAUCUGCUGGAAGUUCGACGAGAACAAGAAAGACUGAGGCAACAAGCUGAAGAAAGGGAACGGUUGCAUUUACGAGAAGAACUUGAUCGGGCCAGGCUUCACCAACUUCAUCAAUCACCCAUCGAAGGACACUUACCCCACAUGCCACCAUUUAUGUCACACCUCGGUGGGAUGCCUUACCCAAGGCUUAGCCCUUCAACAGGACAUAAUGGACUUCUUAACCGAACACCACCAACAGCAGCACUAAGUGCCCCUCCACCUCUGGUACCCUCUGGUGCUGCCAGACCGGCAUCUCCAAGACGGACUACGCCAAUCACCACCCAGGACCCUCGGGAAUACUCACCAUCACGCAACCCCAAGGAAGUGGAGGCACGGUAACACACUAGGAAGGAAAAUGCCUCACUUAAGUUGGACACAGGCAACAUGCACUUAUUUUCACACAAAGUAGAGUAAAUGAUAUGUCAUGUGUAAUUUGUACAAAGAUUUGUAUCUUGAAACAAGCACAUCAACUGGCUUUUUUAAUUGAUUGGAUUAGGAGCAAAAAGGAGUUGGUAGCUUCAGCUCUUGCUAGCUCCAAACAUAAAACAAAAUACCAACCAGAAAUUUGAUAUUAAUAUAUUAAUCUAAUGCCUUUUCAGUUUUUCAUGUGAAAAGACAUUCAAAAAUUUGUUUGUACAUUUCCUAUCCUUCAUGUACAGACAUGUUUUUUUUAUGUAUUUGCGUUAAGUUUCAUUCGUUCCUUGCCUUGUAUUUAUCCUAGUGAGCUGCUGGAUAUGGAUGUCUACAGUACAUAUCUGAAUUGGUAUGAUCUCACUGUUUGACAGCUGAUUUGCUCUAUGGUACCUGGAAAUAUUCAGUGCUGACCAUGUACAAAGUUACAUUUUUUUUUUUUUUUUUUUUGCUUGAUUUAUUUUGAGAUAUGCAGACAAAUAUGUAUUACAAUGUUCUUGUUUGUUUUAUGUAAAGUUUAAAGAUAUUGUAAAUAUCUUGUUGAUAUUACUUGGAGCGAAAUGACAUUGUACAUUUGUUAGGCUUUUUAAAUGUUUCUAAAAAACAUUGAAAUGAAACAGAACCACUUCCAGGUUGAAAACCAUGGUGACGGAACUGUCCAAUCAGAGGAGAAGACUCAGUUGCGGGUGUGGUCAUGGUGAUGCAAUCUAUGCAAAGAGGAUUAAGAGAGUUCUGAAUGGAUGGUUAUCAAAAUGGAGUUCUAAAAGGAGAACCUGGAUAACUGUUAUUCAUUUGUCCAAUGAAGAGCCAAUGAAACAAACCGCUAUUAACUUCCGGGUCAUAAAGGAACUGCUUUAGCAGUAAACAGUUCUCCAGCCACAAAAACCUGGACAUCUGACAAACGUAUUGGAAUGGUUUGGGUGGCAAUAGACUCUUUCUGUCGACCUUGUGGUGUUGUGCAGUUGUUUUUCUUAGACUCUUGUAUACAAAACGAGUAGAGCUUUAGGCGUGAAAAAAAUGAACAUUCAUGGUUUAAAAAAUGUAUGGAAUAAAGGUUGGACCUUAUAUCUGCA